ACUCAGUUUUGCAUUAGCUGGAAACUUGAGGGGAAGGCCAGUGGAUGGCAGAAAUCCCGUGGCGAGGACAAAAGAGGCAGGCAGGAGCCGCCAACCAACAGUGGGCAGCAGAAACCCACGGCGACUGCAAUUGCUGGAUUGUUGCCCGCUUCUGCCAGGACCUUAUGAUGGCAGUGGUAAAAGAUGUGAUGGUUUGGAUGGGGCUGCUGUUGCUGUGGGGAUUUCCAGUAGCCAUCCCCAAAAGUCAACCACUUUUCCCUCAGACGCAGCACCCAGUUUCUUUGUGCGUGGAGGCAGGAACUGACUGCUCCCACCUGACACAAGUGUCUGGGGGCAUUUUGAACUGCAUUGCAGUCAGAGACAGACUUGACUGCCUAAAGAAAAUGCGAAACCGAGAAGCGGACAUUGGUUACUUUGAAGCAGAAGACUUGAAAGUGGCUGCCCUUUUCUUUGGGAAUGAACAAGAGGUGGUCCUCCAGGCUUUUAGCAAGGAUGAGGUGCAGCGUGCCUAUCUUCUUGUACACAAUGCAUCCAACCCAAAGCCCAAGAGCCUGUGUCAUCCAGGGCUUCAGCUUUACCGUUCCUAUCCACGAGCACUCUACCGCCCCAUCACCCUUGAUUCAGACGCCUUCUUGCCAGAUAUUAAGGCACAUAUUGAGAAACUCAGUGAGGCAUGGACUUCUGCCUGCAUUCCAGGACCCUGGUCUCUUGAUCCAGCCACAGAUUUGGAACUAAAGCAGCAACAUCCUCAUCUGUGCCAUGCCUGUUUACGCCAAACUUGUCAUGUAGAUGAUCCCUAUGCUGGUUCUGGAGCUCUUACAUGUCUCCUGGACCAUGCUGCUGAUGCUGCCAUUGUCUCUGAUGUGGACUUGAGGAAACUGAGAGUUACGAAUCAUGAUGUUGAGAGGCUGUUUCACUACUGUCGUGGUAAUGAUGGAGGAUCAAUCCAGCCUCUUGGAGACUUGACUGGCUUGAGAGAAGAGCCCUGUAACUGGGGUAAGAGGCCUGUACCAGUCUUCAUGUUUGCUUCCAGCUGCAACACCACAGAAUGCCAAAGAAGCAUACAAGUUCUUGCCAUUCAAGCUCAUGCUGUGGUGGAGACACUGAAGCUUCCACAAAAAACACAGAUAACUCGACUAGACCGACCUCUCACCCCUUCUGCAAUCAUUGAAAAGGCUGGGUAUACCAUUGAUGACACUAGCAGACAGAAAGUAGUGAAGUUUUGUACUCGCAAUGAAGAUGAAAUGGCCAAGUGUGAAGACCUGGCUAUGGUGACUCAAGCCUUCGAUGCGGGAAGUGGGAUUGGUAUUGGAUGUGUACAAGAACAGACAAACUGGUUUUCACAUAUCUACUUUGGAAGUGCUGAUGUCAUCACUUUGGACAGUGGUGAUGUGUACAAAUUUGUCAAAGACUUUGGAUUUCAACGGCUACUGAGUGAAGUGUAUGACACAAAAUCUGGCAGACAUAGUUCAUCAUACUAUGCUGUGGCUGUUGUGAGGGCUGACUCUAACAUCACAUCCUUCAUCCAACUACGGGGUCGCAAAUCAUGUCACACAGGCAUUGACAAGACAGCAGGAUGGAAACUCCCUGUAGCUACUUUACUGAACCUGGGACUCAUCAAUCCACAACACUGUAACUACGUUGAUGCUAUGGCAGAGUUCUUCUCUAAUGGCUCCUGUGCUCCUGGAGCCAAUAAUUCCAUGUACAAUGCACAAAAGCAUUAUGUGGAUAGACUCUGCAGUCUGUGCAUUGGUGAAGGUACAAACAAAUGCCUCAGGGGAGGUGCCGAGCCUUUCUACUCUUACACAGGCGCCUUCAGAUGUCUGGUACAUGGUGGUGGUGAUGUGUCAUUUAUCAAGCACACUACUGUUCCAGAUAAUACUGAUGGCUCCAAUAAUGAAGAAUGGGCAAUGUCACUGCGGUCUGAUGAUUUCAGGCUUCUAUGUCCCUCAUAUGGUGGUGCCAAUACAGCUGCUGUCAGUGAAUUUCAGACUUGUAAUCUUGCUUUGGUACCUGCACAUGAGGUUGUCUCGAGGAGAAUGUCUGAUGACCGAAAGAAGAUGGUGCGGCAAGCACUGCUGGGAGUGUCAGAAGUAUUUGGCAAAACUUCUCCAGGACUCAACACAUUUAGACUAUUUGGAAGGUAUAAUGGGAAAUCAGAUUUACUGUUCAAAGACUCUGCAAAAGGUCUGAAGGCACUGAGUGAAGACACACAAGAUGAAAGGAAGAGAAAGAAAGAUUAUUUCAAGAAAUUGGAGGAAUUGCAUACUUGUGAAGUGCGUGUGUGUGCCCUGGAGGACCAUGAGAAUGAGUGUGAAGAAAUGGCACGAACCAUGAAGGGAGUGGGAGAACAGUUUGUAUGUGUCAGUGCAAGGGACAGGAUGGAUUGUGUGCAACGGGUGAUAGAAGGCCAAGCAGAUAUGAGCAUCUUGCCAGGGAGCUACCUCAGCAUUAAUUCAAAUCUACGCAUCAUUGCAUACAGCAAGGAUCCACACAACGCUAGAGAUCAUUUUCGGUAUAAGGCAGUGAUGGUGGUACGUCGCUCUACUGUACACAGAAUGACUGAUUUACGUGGGAAAAAAUCUUGUCACACUGGUUAUGGUAGAACUACUGGAUGGCGGAUACCAAUUGCCCUGCUGAAGCGAGAAGGAAUUAUUCAUCCUCUGUGUGAGCCUUUCCAGUCAACACUUGAGCAUGAGAUAAAGAGUGUGGCUACCACAUUUAACAGGGCCUGCAUUCCAGGAGAAUGGGCCACCACACCUGAUGUGGAUGCAGCUCUUAAGAUGCGGUAUGAUGCCAUGUGUUCCAUGUGUAGUGGAAGGACCUGUGACAGGAAUGAUGACUAUGCUGGUUAUAUUGGUGCAUUAAACUGCCUAAGCUUUAAUGGAGGGGAUGUGGCCUUCAGCAAGCUCUCAAUAGUCAAACAGUUCUUUGAAGAUAAUGUAUUAGCAAAUGUGAGCAAUUAUGGGCUGAUGUGUCCAGAUGGCAGUGUUGUGGACAUAUACUCAAGUGCUGCUGAGGCAUGCUUCUGGGCAGCUCGACCUUGGGAUACCUUUGUGACACAUGGAGGAGCCAGUGAUGCAAAGGUGCAGAAGAUAACCUGGGCAUUGAUGCAAGCUAAGAGAAAAGGGGAGGAGAAUUUGGCCAAUAAUCGAUGGUACUACAACAUUCUUGAAAUUGAUGAUACCUUCAGUGACAUUUUGCCUGCCAUAGAUAAUGCAACAACUGGACAGUAUUUGUCAGAAAGUAGAAUGAACAUUGUUCAGGCAGUGCAGAUGUGUACUUCUGAGGCACCUGUGACAUUCUGCGUCUCCAGUGAUGAGGAAAGGAAAAAAUGUAAUGAUCUCUCCUUCCUCUUGCAUCUUAGAGGAGUGUCACCAGAACUUCGGUGUACACAAGGAAGCGAUGUUGAUGAUUGCCUUGAAAUGAUUAAAUUUGGUACAUCAGAUGUCAUGACCUUGACCAACAGCAAACGAAACGCAUCUCACAGCAAUUACAGCCUUGCAGACUUGCUCACAGAAUCAUAUGGGAGAGAUGAAAGCAACUUGUAUUACUUCGUUGCAGUUGUUAAGAAGGGUUCAGGUAUCAACAGUGUUUAUGACCUUGCUGGAAAAACAACUUGCAAUACUGGAGCCAAUGCAAAUAGAAUUGAUUAUAUAGAUGCAGAAUUAACCAACUGCCUUCAUGGUGGAGCCUUCUUCUCAACCAUCACUGAUGCAAUAAAAUGCCUGAUGGGAUCAAGCAGAGAUGUGGCCUUUGUAAGGCUUGAUGCUGUGAAUGAUGGUAACUGGGAUGAUGACAUCAAAGACCUUAAUCCAGAAAACUUUGAGCUUCUCUGUGAAGCUCAAGUUAUGUCUCUCAGUAGCUGGAGUGUUCAAGAAUGUAACCUGGGAAGAAUACCAGGCAAUAUGCUUGUGACUCGCCAGUCUGAAUCAAGAGCAAGGAAGGAGAACAUGCGCCAUUUGUUUUUGAAGGCAUCUAAGAUGUUUGGACAUUCCCGCUCAUUCUUCAGACUAUUCUACACAUACUUCUCUCAUAAAGAUCUCAUGUUUAAGGAUGUGACAGGAAGUUUGGUGCGAGUUACUGAUACACAUCAUAAGAGGUUUGUGGAUGAAAUGCUGAAGUAUGCAUGUAACCUUUAUGAACACCAUACCCAGUCAGAAGAGACAACACAUUAAACUCACGAUUAAAAAGUUGCUCAUAAGUAAUUGGAGUUGUAAUUUGAUGGAAGGAAAGAGAAAAAGUAAAGUUGGCAUUAAUGAUUGAAAAUAAAAAUAAACUUGCAAGUAAUUAUCAUUAAAAUAUACAUGAUGUACACUAACACAUUGAAAUAUUAUCCUAUACUUCAUAGGCUGCUUCAUACACUUCAGAAAUAUUAUGGUGAGAUGAAUAUUUCAGUAUUUUUUGACAGGAGCCAAAAAAAUAUAUAUGAAUGGACAUGCAAGUAGUGACAAUACUUACUUUUAUUCUUUGAUGUUAUAGAGUACAUUUGCUAAGAAAAUUUUUAUGUAACAGUUUUUGGAAUGUAGCUGUUUUCAUUAUAGACUGUUCACUUGUUUAAGUGAAAACAAUGACUGGUAGCUGUGAUCCCAUAGUACUGGGAUUUCUCUCUUCAUGGCUGUGAUAAGAUGGAGUGAAGGAUGAUGGAAAGAGUAACCAAUUAAAGAUACAUUUUCCUCCUUUUCUGCUUUGUUUUCCUGAGAGAGAGAGAGAGAGAGAGAGAGAGAGAGAGAGAGAGAGAGAGAGAGAGAGAGAGAGAGAGAGAGAGAGAGAGAGAGAGAGAGAGAGCAUUACUUCUUCUUUCAUAUUGGCAGUGGGGAAAUCAGACAAGAACCACAAACCAAUUAUUCACAACACAUUUUACAUUAUGGGUUAGAAGCUAGUGAGAGAAGAUUUGAAACUAAGCAACUCUAUUGGUACAUUAUGGAAGGUUUCCUUGUAUUUUCUGGCCUAACUGUUCAUAAAUGCAUAAGUAGAUGUGAAUAGCAAAAAUUUGUCUUUUCAUAGUAUGCCAUACAGAGAAUGGGCUUCCUAGGCCCCUUAUUCCAUUCCUGUUAGUCCACCCUUAUGCCAUGCAAGGAAUACAGUGACAAUUUUCUUAACCCAUGCUACAGUGAAAAGCAUAUUUAAGGUUAAAAAUAAAAACAUUUCUUUCUUUAUUUUAUUAUUAAGUCAUCAGUAAGAACAACUACUACUGAGAUGACUGUAUGAACACUCCCAAAGUGACCAUAAAACAGCCACUUCCUUGGAGGUUUUUUGUCAUAAUUGAAAGUUCCCCCUUCUAUUUGACUGGAGUAGGAGAAACAUGCACUUAAUGAAAAAUUGUUACUGACGAUGGUAUUCUAAUCCCAAUUCCUCUUAUCACUAGAACAUCAGUGAAUCAAUCUGUGUUUGUUGCUACUUUGGUAACUUGAUUCCUGAACCCUAAUAAUAUUUUAGUUAAAGAGGCACAGGAAAUUAUGUGGUCUAAAUUAAUGAAAUAAAAGUUCAAAUUUUAUGAAGAUAUUUACCAGAAUAGUGUGUGUGUGUGUGUGUGUGUGUGUGUGUGUGUGUGUGUGUGUGUGUGUGUGUGUGUGUGUGUGUGUGUGUGUGUGUGUGUAACAUUCAGAUGGGUUUCCUUUAGUAAUCAUACUCAAAAUGUGCCUGAUAAUGGCAUCUUAAUAUUGAGCUCAAGAAUAAUUGUGAUUCUGAAAAAUUUGAUUUAUUCACUUUAUUCUAGUAAACUAGAUAAGCAUAGCUUGAUCUGAAUUUUAGUAUAAAGAAAGCUCAUGUGACAGUGUAUGAGUGAACACCAAGACAACAGCACUCAUAGACUCCUCUAUCAGUCACUGUCUUCAGAAACAGAAGACAAUUCCAAGUCAUCGAUAAGAUCACUUCCGUUAGGCAUGUUGUCUCCACCUGCAAUGGUCCCUGAAACAGAACAUUUGACCAUGAGGAAAGAAGCCAAGACAGAAAAAAUGUGUAAAGGAUAAGGUUGUUUUUGUGUAUAUAGCUGAAGGCAGCAACAAAGAUGAACACUAUAAAACAUGUAAAGCAUGAUGGUUAUUUUCUUAAUAUAGUUUUUCACAGUUU